AUGGCGGGAGCUUCAACUCCCCACCUCCCUCCGUUCCACCUGGACCCACCCGCACGACUUCCAUCAGCCUGGACCGGAUCUUCGAGGUUCCCCAAUCCGCAUACCCCGAGAAGUGCGCGCUCGGUACUUUCGAUGCAGCAACAGGACGCAUACCUGUUGCCGGCCAGUCCCGCGGGCGGGCGUCCGGCAACUGACUACCGCCCCAGUGUCAAGAAGGCCCAAGGCCAUGUCCCCGCAUGUCUGGUCAACGCCUCAGUGACGUACUGCAGCAACGAUCAAAUCUACGCGUUUGGGGGAUUUGACCAAUACACUGAUGAAGUGUACAAUCACGUGCUCCGACUAGACUUGAACACUCUGCGGUGGGAAUUGGUCGACAACUAUGGUGAUAUUCCGGGUGUUCGUAUGGGACACACUGCUACCCUUUACCAAGGCAACAAAUUGAUUGUCUUUGGCGGUGAGAACGAACAUCGUGAAUAUCUUUCCGACGUUGUCAUUCUCGAUCUUCAAACAUUCACCUGGGCUCUACCUGAAAUUCGCGGCCUGAUACCACGUGGCAGAGCACGCCAUGCCGCUGUCAUCCAUGAUGAUAAACUCUUUAUUGUUGGAGGGGUGACCGGAGAAAAUAACGUUAUUUUGGAUGAUCUCACCUACUUGGACCUUCAAACCUGGACUUGGUCUCGGACAUGGAGCUUCACCGCUCGAUUUGAUCACACGGCAUGGGUCUGGAGCAAUCGUUUAUGGAUAUUUGGAGGAUUGGGUCCCAACAUGGAACGAACGACUGAUAUCUGGUGGCUCGAUCUCAAAGGCUCUCCCUCCCUGGCUGGCAUCACCACACCCCAAGGUACCGUGGACUCCCUGGACCAACGACUGCCGAUAACUCAUUAUCCAGACUCCAUCUCUAGUCCUUCUACCCAGAUGUCUCCCCGCUCUGGAAGCUAUGCUGCAAAUUCGGCCAGUGUUCAGGUACGAAACUUUGGCCGACGCAAGCCACUUGCUCCAGGUGCUAUAUCAUGUCUUCGAUUUCAUUCUGGACCGAACGUUCCCGCGUUAUUCUCCGGAACUCACUUCCAAUCCUUUGCCUCGGGCGUCCUUCUUGACUUGAUCACUCCGUCUGAGACCGUCCGUUCGCAUGACUGUAAUUUGGCAGCUCUGGAGCUCAAUUCUUUACGUUGGCAACGACUGGCUGACGGCCAUGAGCUUUUCCGACCGGGCUAUCGGUGGCACUAUUGCACAGUCAACGAAGCGGGCACAAAGGCCUGGCUGUUAGGUUGCAGUCUCGACUUGUCGAAUACCCCCGGGGCUAGCGAUGAGAAUCAUAUGAGUGAAAUCCUUUCCAUUGACCUGGAAAAGUAUGGCUUGUUGGGGAAUGAACUGUCUGCGGAGGCACCCGAGCAAGACUCCUCUUGGCCUGACCGAUCUGGCCACUCUCCAGUCUCUGGCCUGGGGGCAGACAUUGCCGCUGUCUUCGACCAGUCUCCCCAGUCGGGCAGUGGUGCCGAUUUCACUAUUACUGCUAUUCGCGAUGAUGAUGCUUUCAUGGACUCGGAUGAUUAUCACGACACCACCACUUCUGGGUCUCCAGCUCAGGCCCAGCCAACCUUUGUAGAACCCAACCCAUCCACAUCAGCACCGAUCCACGUACACAAAAUCAUACUGCAACUGCGGUGGCCACACUUUAAACGCUUGUACGCAGCACAAAUGGCUGAGUACCAUACAAAGCGCAUGCACAUCCCGGAGCCAUACUCGGUCGUCCGUGCAUUUCUAUAUUACCUGUACACGGAUAGUAUUGCCGGACACCCCGAAUUCUGCUCCAGUGUGGUUGAUGUGGCUGGUAUGCUGGUCAUGGCUAAUCUUUACGAUAUGCCCAAGCUUCGCCUCCUUUGCGUGAACCGACUCAGUCGUGAGCUUGAUGUAGACAAUGCUGCCAUUGUCUGGGAGCGAGCUGGGAGAACCAAUGAGCACUGGCUGAUGCGGCGGGCAGCUCAAUUCUGCCUCACCCACUGGGGUCGCAUAGUACGUACGGAUGGUUUCAAGUCUCUAAGUCAUCAGAGCUUAAUUGAGCUCUGCGAGGUCGUGGACACCGAAGGCCGGAUCAUUGCAGGCCCAGAAUUGGAAAUGGUUAGCUCCUUUGGAGAUGACACCUCCGGUGACGGGAAGGGGUCUCGCCUGAGGCUAGGGUCUGUGGCUGACGAGAUGUCCGAGGCUGAUGGCGAUGACGAAGGAAUGGAGAUUUCAUGA